AGGAGGAAGAAAAAAAGAAAGCCAACUCUCCUUUAAAAUCCAGACCCCAAGCCCUCUCAACACACGGACAGAAAUGAGGACUGUGAAAGGAGGCAACUUCGCUCUCCGCCUGCGCCUCAGUCUGAUCCUGCUUUAUGUCGGUGCUGUGGGUGCCUGUACUGUCUCUAUCACACAACCACAUUACCUAGAAGUGGACUACACUCAAAAGGCUGUCACCAUAGAGUGCACCUUCUCUGCUACUGGAUGCCCUUCAGCACUUCCAACAAGCUUGUGGUUUCGCUACGGAGCUCGCCAGCCCGAGAACCUGUGCUUGAGUGGAUGCAGAAGUGAAGCCGACAAAUUCACAGUAAGGGAAACCUUGGCAGAAAACCAAGUGUCCCUCACUGUAAACAGAGUGACUGCAAAUGACAGUGCAAUUUACAUCUGUGGAAUAGCGUUUGCUAAUGCACCAGGACCGAGAGCUAAGCAAACCGGAGGAGGGACCACGCUGGUAGUAAGAGAAAUUAAGCUUCUCAGUAAAGAAGUACAGAGUUUCCUGAUAGCUCUCCUGUCACUGCUCUCUAUCUACAUUAUUGGUGUAUGUGUCAUCUUCAUACUCUUCUACAAACAGUCAAAAUCUAAUACUCUAAGAAACAAAGAAACAAAAGAAGAUUCCCAAAAGAAGAAGAGUGCUCGGCGUAUUUUUCAGGAAAUUGCUCAAGAACUAUACCAUAAGAGAUACGUGGAAACAAGCCCACAACUUGAGAAAGACAAUGCUUACGAAAACAGAAGAGCACUUUUCAACUAUGAAAAACCAUAGAAGCAUUUUAUUUUACAUCACUGAAAAUCCAACUCCAGAAGCUAUGGUAGCACUUAACAGGCACACACUAAUCAAGUCUUAAAAAAACAAUCAAAGGUACAUGGAAAAGACAACAUCUGCAAAGAAGGAUGCCAGAGAGUAAGGAAACCGUAACUAUAGUAACUACAAAAAUACUACAGCCAACAAAAUACAACUGAAAAAUCUUUUCCUAAUUCACCAAGAAAAUUUUAAGCUAAUGUUUUCAAAAACUUUUAUAACAUGUACUGUAAGUUUGUUUUGGUCAACAUUAUAAUAAAGUGUGUGAUGACUGCUACCCUGAAGAUCUGAAGUCAAACCACAUGCCUCAACACUGAGUGGAAGAACUGUCUUUCUGAGUUGUAGAAAUGAUACAAUUAAAGUAGAGAAAUUCAUUUU